GGGGGCGCGCGCGGUUGGGGGGGCAGUGAGGGUUGCCGCGGCGGCGCGCAGCACGGCGGGAACAUGGCGCGCGGAACCGGCGCGCGCGCCUAGCUGGCGGGACCGUUAGCUCGAGGCGGACGCGGCCCGGGCCCCGUGGGGAUGGAGCAGUCGCCGCCGCCGGCGCCCGAGCCGACCCAAGGGCCGACCCCAGCAAGGAACCGAAGGCGGCGGGAGCCCGAGUCGCCGCCGGCGUCGGCGCCGAUUCCUCUCUUUGGUGCUAACACUUUUGGCCAGAGAAGUCCUGAUGGACCGGUACUGAGCAAAGCUGAAUUUGUUGAGAAAGUUCGUCAGAGUAAUCAGGCCUGUCACGAUGGAGAUUUCCACACAGCUAUUGUUCUGUAUAAUGAAGCCCUGGCUGUUGACCCUCAGAACUGCAUCUUAUACAGCAAUAGAUCUGCAGCCUACAUGAAAAUCCAGCAGUAUGACAAGGCACUGGAUGAUGCAAUCAAAGCUCGACUUCUCAAUCCCAAAUGGCCAAAGGCAUACUUCCGACAGGGUGUUGCCCUCCAGUACCUUGGACGUCAUGCCGAUGCCCUGGCAGCCUUUGCAUCUGGACUGGCUCAAGACCCCAAGAGUCUCCAGCUUCUGGUGGGGAUGGUGGAAGCCGCCAUGAAAUCUCCCAUGAGAGACUCCCUCGAACCUACUUAUCAGCAGCUUCAGAAAAUGAAACUGGACAAGAGUCCCUUUGUGGUAGUGUCUGUGGUUGGGCAGGAACUUCUGACAGCUGGCCAUCAUGGGGCCUCCGUGGUUGUCUUAGAAGCCGCACUGAAGAUUGGCACCUGCAGCCUCAAACUGAGAGGUUCUGUUUUCUCUGCCCUGAGCAGUGCUUACUGGUCUCUUGGAAAUACAGAGAAGAGCACUGGAUAUAUGCAGCAGGACUUGGAUGUAGCCAAGACCUUAGGUGACCAGACAGGAGAAUGCCGAGCUCAUGGGAAUCUGGGCUCUGCAUUCUUCUCCAAAGGAAAUUACCGGGAGGCUCUCACUAACCACAGGCAUCAGUUGGUACUCGCCAUGAAACUCAAAGAUCGAGAGGUAGGAAGUUUAUCUGCAGACCAAAAACUUUUUUUUUUUUUCUUUUGGAAAUGUGGAGCUCUAUUUUCUGUUGAAAACAACAACAAAAAAAAAACAAAAAAAACUGUUUCAGGUAUCUUAACAUAUUUCUUUCAAAAGAAAGUAUUACUUGAGACUUACUCUGUUUUUCAUCAACAAUUGAGUGUUCUGUAUAUCCAAGCAUAGUCCUUGUAUAUAUAGAAAUAGAUAAGACUUUGUUCUUGACCUCGCGAUCUAACAGCUUUGUCAGAUGCAUUGUUCUUAUUUUCUUCAAAUGUGCAUAAGUUUACGUAAAAUUAGAAAAAAUCUAUAUCAUUAUGCCAUACUCAUUAAAUUGUAAAAAGCAAACAUUGCUUUUUUUUGAUCAGAUAUUAUUACCGCAAACUGUUUACAUUGUUGCUUCGGUGGAUUUUCAACUCAUAAGCAUAUUGAGUUUGAUUGAGAUAUCUGAAUCAUAAUGGUAAAGAAAUAUCAUUGUAGUCUUUAUUAAGGAGAUGAACCAUAAUAUCCUCAAAGAAUUAAUAUUCAGUAGAUGUAACAUGAUUAGAGAGUGUCUGCAGAGUGGAAAGGUGAGGUUUGGUGUCAGAUAGACCCAGAUUUAAAUCCCAGCUGCAGUACUUCCUGGCUGUGGGAUCUUGGGGGUAGUUAUAACAACUCUUCUUUUUCUCCUCCGUUUUCUUAUUCAGGAAAUGAUUAUUCUGUUUAUUCCAAACACAGUUGUGGUAGGAUUACAAAUAAUAUAUGUAAAGUGCCCAGCAUGGUACCAGGAUUUCCAUAAUGGCAUUCCACAAAGGAAUUCCAUAAAUGAUAGCUUUUAUUAUAAUAUUAUUAAUAGGGAAGAGAAGGUUAAUAGCAGAGGCAACAAUAAGUUUAUAAAUCAAUCUAUGUGUUGAGAAAUAUGUUUAGUCACGUUUACAUCUAAGAAUUCUACUAUGGGACCUUAUAAAGAUUAAUUGUAUUGUUUAAAUGAUCCAGCAACUUCAUGUCUCAGGAACAUGGUCACGCACUAGGAAGGAAUUGGGGAAGAAAAGCCUUUGAAAACCAUCAAAACAGACUAUUAAAGGGCCGUGGAUUUUGGGCAAUUUUAUUCUCUAGAGAGUUACCUGAACGCUUUUCUUAUUGCCCAAUUAACUCUAACAUUACAAACAGUUCUUAUAAGCCAGAUGAUCUGAUUUAUUGAUGUUCAGGGAGUGAAAUGAGAGAUCACACUUCUAGAGACAGAUAUACUAAUGGCAUUAAGAAGUGAGAGCCAGGUUUAAGAACUAAAACAGCAUAGUUGUCCAGAUAGGUCCAUUUAGUGAAGGGGUAGAUUGCUAUAAAUAUGUCAAGAGCUGGCCGGGCACGGUGGCUCAUGCCUGUAAUCCCAGCACUUUGUGAGGCUGAGGUGGGCAGAUCACGAGGUCAGGAGUUGAAGAC